GCGCGCACCGGCAGUACCUAACUCACACCUAUACACAAGUGCAGGCGCCGUUCACGCGCUCACCGCGGUCACCACUCGCGCAAACUGGCGCCCUCGCUUUUCGUAAUUUCAUACUAAGUAAUUAAAAUUAUCUUUCCUAAAUCGCGGUAGUGUUUGUGCUCUUGGACUGGUCAACUUGAGGAACAACAGACAUCUAUUAAUAGAUCAAUCAGAAAUCACCAACAAUGUCAUUAAUACUACAGUAUUUAGAUGAUAUGCACGUUUUCAUGGACAAAAAUGGAGAUCCUCGAACAAAUCCAUGGUUCCUGAUGAGUUCCCCCUUUCCUACACUAAUAAUAUGUCUAAGUUAUGUAUAUCUAGUCAAGGUUUUAGGGCCCAGGAUUAUGGCCAAUAGAAAACCAUAUGAAUUAAAAAAUAUUUUAAUAUUUUAUAACUUUUGCCAAGUAAUAUUCAGUGCAUGGUUAUUCUAUGAGAUCGGGUCAGGUGGCUGGUUCACAGGCAGGUAUAGCUAUCGAUGUCAGCCUGUCGACCACUCCAAAAAUCCACAAACGAUGAGGAUGGUUCAUGCAUGUUGGUGGUACUACUUUUCAAAGUUCACUGAAUUUUUCGAUACGAUCUUCUUUGUACUACGAAAGAAGUUUGACCAUGUGUCUACCCUCCAUGUUAUCCAUCAUGGCGUGAUGCCGAUGUCCGUGUGGUUUGGUGUCAAGUUCAGUCCAGGUGGUCACUCGACAUUUUUCGGGCUGCUCAACACUUUCGUACAUAUCAUAAUGUACACGUAUUACAUGUUGGCAGCUAUGGGCCCACAAAUGAGGAGAUACUUGUGGUGGAAGAAAUAUCUCACUACUCUACAAAUGAUACAAUUCAUCUGUGUUAUCGUCCACGCGUUCCAGCUGCUAUUUAUCGAGUGCGACUACCCACGUGGGUUCGUCUGGUGGAUUGGAAUGCACGGUGUUAUGUUCUUCUUCCUAUUCAAAGACUUCUACAACCAACAAUAUAACAAACCCAAGGUACGUGCAAAGUCGCCGCCACCUUCCGCUACGAUAUUUGAAAAACAAGUGACAUACAAGAAUGGGUCAGUGAAGAACGGGUACAUAGCGAGCAAUGGACAUACGAACGGCGGAACGACCGCGCGGGCGCGGCCAGUACUGCCAGCCGGCAACUGACGCCGUACGAAGACGAGGCGUCCACCUUAGCAUUCCGUAGUACUCUGUGAUUCGUAGCCUCAACUUUCACAGGACAUUACCUGUUUGAUUUGUGGACAUUUACGGGGUGACGGUAUAUAAAUUACGCGCGAACCCACGAAUGCCGGUCUCGUGUCUCCGCCGCGACUCUUCUAUAAAUAUCCCUAGAAUUUUUAGUGUUAAAUGUGAUUUAUCUAGUGUACAUAUAAGUAGGCGGUAUAUAUGGUGUAAAUUUUAUUUUAAAUAUAUAAUUAGGUUUGUGAUUGAUCGCAUAGCGUUUUGUACUUUUAUUAGGCUUUAGUAGGCUUUAAAGCAAAUUCGCUUUUAAGAUCUGAAGAAAUUAAAUGAAUACAGUCAUAACGAUAACGGCUCCUGUAUAUUUUAUUUGGUGCUUUUAAUAGUACCAAAUUAUUUUAAACAAACACAAGUACCUUGCCGCUGUUUUGAGUGAUUUAUGUAGUAUUUUAUUUUCAUUAUGACCCAGAACAAAAUGCUAUGAUUAUAUUAUUUACAAACUAGCAGAAAUUAUAAAAUGAAACAAACUAGUAGUAAAUGUAUGAGUCAUUUGUGUUAUUUUUGUAGCACAUUGUUUCUUUACGACAGAUUAUGUUGUAUAGUUGAAUUAACAUAUAUUGAAUAUAAUUAUUAUUCACAUGUUUUUUAAGUACAAUAACUAUGUUUUAUGUAUACAUAGAUUGUUCACUGUGUUUUUAGAUAUUAUGACACCUGAAGUGGUUGUGUUGAUUAUUAUUUAUUUUGUUUAAUUUAUAUUUUAUUUAAUACCAAAAUUAUCUAUAUAUAAGAUGAAUUAACGGGUUUAAUAGCAUUAGCCAACAAAGCUCUUCCUUUGUUUUAGUCUUCCGUUUGUUUCUGUACUUACCAAGAACGGUGCUUCACGUAGCAAACAAUUUACAUCAAACAUAAACUGAAGUUGGCCAUGUUGAAUUUAUUUUCAUGCGUAUUGAAAUCAGUUUAUGUAACUACUGUAAUUUUUAUACAAAAUAUGGAAAUAAAUAAUAAGUAUAAAUUAAA